UCGUAAACAUGACGCGUCACUCACACAAGUGGUGCCUCUCGCCUACUAGAAUUACUAUUUCACAGUAUUUGCUUCGAAGGGAUUAGUAUUAUUAUAGCAUCACACAUCCUUCAUUUCGAUAAUAAUUCAGUUUGUGAUGAGUAAUUAUACGCCUAGCGAAAUUGUUGGCAUGAUUUCGAUUCCAGGAGAGUGUCAGAAAGAUUAUAGGGCAAAUGCAUGGUUGCGUCGAGAAAGAUCUCCUGAUUGCCGUGCUAGGGGAGGAAAUUUGCAACGAUAACGUCGUAGACAGCAGUCAUGACAGAAGCAGUACUCGCAGUAAUUUCUUUAAAUUCUCAUAUCAGUCGGCAAAUAUUGUAAAAACCAAUUAUGGCAUGUCACAUGUUAUACAUCUGACGAAACCACGUUCAAGAAUAGUGGACUAUUGAAUAGAUAUAGCAGCAAUUAUUGGGUCGAUGAAACCUCCACACUGGCAGAGAUCGGUUGAUUGUCGACGCCAAUGAUCGUUAAAUGUAUGGUACGGCAUAGUGAAAGGUCACUUAGUGAAUUUAAAUUAUUUAAUGGAACAUUAACUGAAGCCCGAUACAAUACUUUCUUAACUAACAAAUUACAAAAUCCUCUUGAAAACGUUCCAUACGCUACCAGGAUAUGGUUUUAAUAUGAUGAUGCUCCUAUACAUAAUGAUCGCCGAGUUUGUAUAACUGUGAAUAACGUGUUUCUGGAAAAGACAGUAAAAUUCUCUUCUCAUCAAGAUCUCCAGAUCUAACCCCUUUAGAUCUCUCUUUGUAAGGUUUCACAAGGGAACAAGUUUAUUGAAAGGAACCACUCCUAAAAAUUUAAUGUAAAAAUUCGAACAAAGAAUGCCUGCCAACAAAUUAGUUCUGCAACUUUUCAGAAGGUGGAGAACUGUUGUUUAUGAAAAGAAUAGCUUAUUGCAUCGAUGUACAAAGCUGCCCUUUCAAAUAUAAGACACAGAGAACAAAUUCUAUACAUAUUUGACGAAGAUAAGCUUUAAAUGGGAAUGAGUGAACCCGAAUGACUUCUAAAAACCAACAUUUUAUAGAAGAUGGAAUAAAGAUCACAGAUUUAACAUCAAAAAUAACUUCUAUGAGGGAUACCCUUCAGUCUGAAAAACAAACAUUGGAAUAUAAAAAUCAUGUUUUAUCUAAGCACUUAGACCACAUAGUAAUUACAGAGUUGGAUGCAGAGAAAAAUAAAUUUUUGGAAGAAUGUCAACAAUUGGAAUUGCAAAGAAAUAAACUUAAAACAUGUAAACGAAACAUACAGGAUCAAGAAUUACUAGAUCAAGGAAGAAGAAAAUAUGCAUUAUAUAGAGAAUUAACUGGAAUACGAUGGGAUUUUGGAAAGCUUAAAGAGAAUAUUACAGGAAAUAUAUAUAAAGGAGUGUAUAUCCAUCACUUUUCUUAUUCAAAUGAAGAAAAUACAAAAGAUUUGAAUAAUCUUUUAUGGCAAGAGAUAUAUCAAUCUGUGAUCCAUAACGAGCAUAAAAACACAUAUGAUAAGGAAAAUACUGUACAAAAUAAAUAAUUGUAUCAUGAAUUGAAAUAAAUUUAUAUUCCAUAAA